GUGUUUUUUUCUCACACAGGGAGUAGUGGAGUUCUCUCUCUGCCUGCUGUUCGCUAAGCUGGUCAGCUACACCUUCCUGUACUGGCUGCCUCUCUACAUCUCAAAUGUUGCACAUUUUGACGCAAAAGAGGCCGGCGAUAUGUCGACGCUGUUCGAUGUUGGAGGAAUCGUUGGCGGCAUCGCGGCAGGCCUGGUGUCGGACUACACGGGUGGGAGAGCGACGACCUGCUGCUUCAUGUUGAUCGCUGCAGCCCCAAUGCUUUUCCUCUAUAAUUACAUCGGGCAAAGCAGCAUCGGUGCUACAGUCGGUAUGCUGCUGCUGUGUGGAGGCCUGGUGAACGGCCCGUACGCUCUCAUCACUACGGCUGUGUCUGCUGACCUGGGAACACAUGAGAGUCUGAGAGGAAACUCCAGAGCGUUGUCAACAGUAACGGCCAUUAUUGACGGGACUGGUUCAGUAGGUGCUGCGGUGGGUCCUCUGUUAGCAGGUCUGAUCUCCCCCACCGGCUGGAACAACGUCUUCUACAUGCUCAUCUCUGCAGACCUCCUCGCCUGCCUGUUUUUGACCAGGCUUGUUUACAAAGAAGCUCAGGGUUGGUGUCGACGAAGCCCAUGAGCCAGAGGGUUUAUUUCCUAAUAUGUCAUACUUCAGGUUCAAAGCAAUCUGAAAGAUGAUCAAACUGCGGUGCGAACAAAGAAAUCAAGGGAAAAUGCAGAAACUGACCUCAGGAUACUUUGGGACAAACCUUUUCCGUUUAAGCAGAAUGGAAACCAGCGGAGCCACCAGCAGAAGAUUCACGGCACUAAACGAACAAUUGAAGCCUUCUUCUUAUUUUGAAGCAGAGAACAAAAUGUCUUUAUGGAGACAAACCUUUUUUAUGACUAAUCUACUCUUUUUUGCUUGUUUGUUUUAAUAAUCUUUUAUCAUUAAACUGUGCAUUUUUUUAC